AUGCCAGCUACACAGAAUGGCCAAUUCCGGAUUAUCAAGAAAUGUGCUAAAGCCUAUCUCCGUGCCUUGGAGAGGCGACAAGAUGGCCUUCCAUCGCCAGGGUCUCUUGGUGAUGGAAGUAGACCACGACCGAGACACUCUUCUGUUUCUGAUUAUGGUAUUUCCGGUGUCGUCACGCGGGGCGCAUCCAUCGUUGCAGAUGGAGACCUUACUCUCGGAACACCUCAAGAUCAUGCCGAGAACGACGAAACAAACGAGGCUGCCUCUCUAUCUGCCAACGAUGUCCUCGAGCCCGCAUUCCGACAAAACCCCCUCGUCGACAAUGACUAUGUCUUUGGCCAAGCUAUGGGGAGAUAUUGGUACAUGGGUCCCGCAUCAUCAUGGGCCUUCUGCCGAAGAGUUCUAGCCCUAGUAGGCAAGCAUCUCCCCGAAACAAAUAACGAGCCUCUACCCUGGCACCUCGACGGAGUAGCCUUCCGACUACAGUGGAGACCACUUAUGCCAGAUGAGCCACCAGAUAUCUCCAACCUCCCUCCGUCAGACUAUGCAUAUUUCCUCAUUCAGACUGCGAGGUUCUAUCUUGGUCCUUUGGCGAGUUUGAUAGACGAGGUCGAGUUUCUUCAGCACUUUAAAGAGCUUUAUCAAGAUGCUUCAGCUAAAGCGGCAUCGUGUAGGCUGUGGUAUGCGCAAUAUUUACUCAUGAUAGCGUUCGGCAAAGCUUUUCUUGGCGGGAGGAGUGCUGAUGGGAGUCCAGCGGGGUAUCAAUACGCUGCACGGGCGAUGCCACUGAUGCCCGAAUUGGCAGGCAUAGCUCUUGAUCCUGUUCUCUCCGCGCAAGCACUCACACUGGCUGCUAUCUACUUUCAGUCGAUUGACAUGCGAGUAGCAGCAUACCAACACAUCGGACAAGCUCUCCGUAUAUGUGUUCUGUCAGGAUUCCACAGACAUAUGCCGGAAGAAGCCGUUGGUGCUCAACACUCUAAGCGAUGCCACAUCAUAUUCUGGGUAGUCUAUAUGCUGGAUCAAGAGUUUGCUGCACUGAUAGGUGCAACAAGUGCGAUUCGAGACGAGGAUAUCACCAAUAAGCUACCUUCUCAGGCGGACAGCUCGUUGAGCUCACUCAGUCUGACCCUCCAUGUUCAGCUCGCUCGGUUAAUAGCCCGAUUACUGGGUACGGUAUACGGCGUUGGCAAAGAUUACGAUGGCACCCUGUUUAGUAACACGCAGUCUAUCCUACGCAACUUGGCUGAAUUAAAUCGCGACCUGAACAACAUCAUCAACAACCAUUUCCGAGACUCCAUCAGCAAAGCGUCACGAAUUGCAACAAGACUUCUGCUCCAGUAUCACCAUUGCGUUGUACUCACAACGAGACCGCAGAUAAUGUGCGCUUUGCAUAUGCACAUCGAACAGUCAAAGACGCAGCUUAUGACCAGUGGCCUAUCACUAUCUCCCCCGGUUGCAUCGCUUAUCCAGUCAUGCGUUAGCUCAGCGCAGGCAAUUUUGAAGACGCUUCGUGCCUUGGCAGAUGAGGAUCUCAUUGAGGCGUUUCUGCCUUUCCAAAUAGAGUAUGCCUCAUCGUCAGCGUUUCUUCUCCAUCUCAUCCCUAUAAUCUGCCCAUCUCUUCUUUCGGAUGAUUCAUGGCGUGAUGAUGUUCGUUACGUCUUUGACACUCUGAUUGCGAAAGGCAGUCUUAUCGCCCCUUUGCGCAAAGUAGAGCUUGAGCAGCUGGAACACAAAUUAUCUGCUCUGACACCGGCUAGUAAUAUCGCAACGCCAGAAGUACCCAGCCAGGUAGAAGAGCAUGUUAAUGUCCAGGAAGAGGAGACCAGGGAACAAGAGCUACAGGAACAUGUCUCUGAUGAGACAGGAUGGGACCUCUUUGCGGCUAAUGCCAUGGCAGGACUGACGCCGGGAGAGUUGUUGGACCUGGCAGAACAGCUCGAUGUAGAUAGCUUUCUAUACCAGCCCGAGAUGCCAAAGACCUUUUCAGGCCAUCUGAUAGGGUGCAGCGGUUGCAAGCCACAGGCUGACUCCAAGGCUCACAACCACGAGUUCAGCUGA